AUGUCUGCCUCAAGCAGUGCCACACCGGCCGCUGUGUCGGUGCCGGCUCCCAUCAAAGAGCGCGUGGUCUUUCUACGCCGGGCGGCUGAAAUCCUGGCCGGGCCCUCAAUACCCGGCGAGCGGACCCCCUCCGGGGGUCUUUGCAAUGCCGCCAGUGCCUAUCUGGAAUCCAUUGAGGAGAUCGCCGCUCUCAAUCAAAUCCCCCUGACACACGUGGACCUCAAUGGUGUCUGUGGGACGUGUGCAUGGCCGGCUGCGCCGCUGGCUGCGCCGCCAAUGCCUGGUCCCGGCCCGACACGCCCCCGGGUUCAGAAGUGGCGCGCCCGCCGGGCUGGGCUGCCGAGCACGCACAUUUGGCGUCGAGGCAUCUCCCUCGGCGGGGAGCCGCGAUCUUGGGAUGCUGUUAUUGCCGCUCCGUGCGAGAGGUGCAGCAGCAUUCGCGCCUUGCCCGGAUCGCGGCGGGCCCCGGCUGCUGGCAACACCGCCAAGCCCGAGCCUGCCGCCUCCCGCGCACGCGGGCCCACAAGCCCCUCCUCGGAUAACCUGAUUGGCAAUCUUGCUCAACACACGGCUCGACUGAGCCGCCAUGCAUCCAACAUGUCACGCGCCCAGCGUGAGUCCAAGCGCCAGCUGAAAAGCGAGGGGACAUACCUCCCCCAGGCCACCCCGGUUGCCGAGACGGUUGAUACUAAGGCUGCCUUCCGGGCAGCCAUCCGUGCAAAAGCCCUGACUUUGGAGACUGCCGCCUCGCGGUUGCCCUCCACACGGCCCAGUCCCGCUGCCGCCGGCGCGGACCGCGCCGGAUCCGAGCGCUUCGCCUUUCGGGCGUCCCAGCCGCCAGGCCUGCCCCGCCAGUCGACCCCGCGGAACCCCUCCCAGCCGACCCAGCGGAACCCCUCCCAGCCGGGUCUGCGGCCGCCUUCGCAGUCAGCCCAGCGGAGCCAAGCCGCACCGGGUCAUGCUGCGCCGGGUCACCCUCCGCGCCAGUCCCAUAAGCAGGCACUGAAGCAGCUUCUCAACAGGGCCAAGAGUACGGAGGUCACCGGGGCCGGCGGGGCCGGCGGUCAGUCUUUGCAGGACUUCCUCAGCGGCCUGUGA